AAUGAGGACAGUCCAUGGCCACAACCUAGCUGUCGUUAUCCGUGUAUUCCCCGAAUUUUCCUCCUCCCACAAAUGUACCACCUUAGCUAUCCGUCAGUGGAAAAUCCACAAUCACGAAAAAAGUAAUCUUCCAGCGUCAGUCAAAAGGACCGUUUGGUGAUGACGUCCCUCGGGGUUUGGGCGCCGUCCAUCUGUCAGAGAUGAGUAGAGACCACCCACGGGUCGAAAUGGACCUGGCUUUUGGAUCAGCCAAGUCUUAUGGGUCCUCGAGAAGUAUUGUGAGGAGAAUAGCCUCGAGUCUUCCUUUCGAUCCCUGCCCCAGGGUUCAUUUUCAGCUUUAUCCGUACAACGAGGACGCCGGUGUCCUGAUCGGCGCAAGGAGGCAGAGCGGUUUGGUGGCCUCUCUGGCUGAUGUCGCCUGGCUCGACAGGAACGAGGAGGAAGACGAUGAAGGCUCCUUUGGCAGACACAGCAGGUCAGCGAUCCCAGCGGGACUCGUGUUUCGAGCUCGCCAGCCUCAUCCUCAGAGACCAGCCUUGGCGCGCCAAAGGUCACUGCCAAGCCUGCAUCAGGGGCCUCCGGACCCCGAGGGGCCAACGGCCACCAACGAUGAGGCCAUUCAGAAAAUCGGCGCGCUGGAGACAGAACUUGCCAAACUCCGAGCUCAGAUAGCACAAAUCGUUUUGGCUCAGGAAAGGACCACUCAACCAGCUGCUGCCACAGGGGCACAUCCACCUCCCCCUCCACCCUGUGGCACUCUGCCUCCCCCUCCCCCACCACCUCCGCCACCACCACUACCUCCACCCAUGGGUCUUCAGCGGGCAUUUUCUGCCAUUGACUUGAUAAAGGAGCGCAGAGGGAAGAAGGGAGACUGGCAGACACUUCUGGAUUCACAACCAGCUGUCCCCAGCAUGCUCGACGUCCUAAAAGACAUGAGCAAAGUCAAGUUGCGAUCCGUCAAAAGUCGGCCGGGGGACUGUGAAGCCAAAGGGAAGUGCAGCGAGCCCAUAGACGCCGCAUCCCUCAUCGCCGAGGCCCUGAAACGCAAGUUCGCCCACCGCCACCGACACGACAGCGAACAAGGAGACCAGGAGGACUUCAAACUUCCCGUUUCAGAAGGGAAACCUCGGACUGAAACCCCUUCGUUUGGGCAGCACAUGUUGAAGUCAACUGGAAAAAAGAAGCUGCUCUGAUCAGCUGAUUGGGAUCUCGAGGUCCAGAUGUGCCGCGGACACUUAAGCGUCUUAUCACCCUCUUAAUAUGAGCUGUUUCUUUCUGUGGAACGAAGGAAUCAGCCUGAAGUGGAUGGCGGGCUGCUCCAAGUACCCGCCCUCUCACAGGGUCGUAUCAGAGUCAUCUUCACCAUCUGUUUAUUGCACUUUUAUAAUGUUAGCUUUCUGUUUUACAAACUGAAUGUUUUCGUGUUGAAUAGUUUAAACCUCUGUCCUGAGGGACGCGGUCAGAAGCAACACUACCAAAUCGAUAAUCUUUAUAAGUGUUAUUGUUCAUCAUCUUUUUUGUUGAACUUGUUGCACAUUUGAUUCUUUUUGCAUUACCAUUUUAACGAGACUGUGAAAGCUGAAGAGUUCUUCCGCCACAGAAGAAAGUAAGCUUUCUUACUUGAAGAAUAUUGUGCUGUAUUGAUCGACUAAUUUAUGAUUGGGAUCCUAUUUAUGUUGCCAUUUAAGUAAAUAAUUAAGAUUUUUAACAGAGCUAAUUAUGUCUUAUGAUUGGUCAGUCGUUAUUAAUCCCUGGUGUCUUUUAGACGACUUUGUACUUUAUUUGUUGAGUCUGUGUGAGUUGUGUCUCAGUUGCCUGUCUUGUCAGGGCUUGUGUGUCUUAGUUGACAUCACUUAUCUCUUCAGUACGAUCUGUUUAAGAGCCAAAGACAUUCCAAUGAUGACCUGCGAGAUUCUGCCUUUCACUGCUACAUAUCUUUUCCCUUCCGUUAGUGAAGUUCAUGGUGAAAAUUCUUUCACAGACAUGACUCAGUUCAACAUAAUCAGUGAAGAAAUACUGUAUUAUGGUAACUUUCUAUAUUGAAAAGACAUUUUAGUGGUGAUUCUAAGGUACCCAUAGUUAUAAAUAUUACAACGGUAUAUAUUAUGUAUAAAUGUAUUUUCAUGCCUCAUGCUUUUGAAAGACACUAAACGGCCUUUGAUGUUUUUAGCUACUUGUUCAAAGUGACUGCACAGAAUCAGUUCUGUUCAUUAUGCCAGUGUAGUUGCUGCUAUAAGUCAACUCAAUUAUUGCAGUUUUAUUAGGGAACGUGGACUGCGUGGGUCAGUCGGACUUUGGAGAAAACUUGUUGAAUAAAAAUGUGUUCCAUCAUUUCCUGCUUUGGUGUAUAUGUGUCAAAUACCCUCUAAUGAAUAUCACUUACUUUAUUAAAUUGCUCCUAAAUGGUUUGCAUU